AUGAGUUCUAAAUUAUCGAAUUUUUUGGGUUCAAUAUUUUGUCAAGAUUGUGGUACUUUACUUCUUAAUACAGGCGAAGAUUUCAUUAAAUGUCCUGCUUGUACGUGUCAGCAUAAUGUAACUGAAUAUGAGAAUAUUGUGAUAACAACAAAAAGUAAGGCAAAAACAUUUCCCUCAAAACUUCGGUCUCGUCGUUCAAAGGUUCAACAACUUGAUAAUUAUAAAGAAGAAAGUGCAUCAGUCAAGAAAUGUCCAAAAUGUGGAAAUGAAGAAAUGAACUACCACACUAUGCAACUUCGUUCUGCAGACGAAGGACAAACUAUAUUUUAUCACUGUACCAAGUGCGGCGAACACAUCAUGGCAUAUAAUCUUUAUCAACGACGGCACCGAAAUGACCAAUAUCAAAACUUGGAAUCUCUUUGGCGACGACACCAAAACGACGAAAACUUAAAUCUAAACG